GUGCGUAUAUUGGGACACGGCCACAGAGCCUCGGCGUCCUGCAGGAGAACUGCUCGCUGCUCUCUCAGUGUAGGGAGUGCCUCCUUUGGCCAAACUCCCGUUGUGAUCCUACCCAAGAGUGGGGCAGGACAAAGAGACCACCACUGCCAAGAUAAAAAAAAAAAACACCACUGAGACAAAGAACGGGUCCCGGACACACACGGUGCUGGAGUGAUGAGGAUGAGGGCUGUGUUCUUCCUCCUCUCAGCCUGCGCCUCCUUCCUGAUCCUCCUGUCCUUCAUCAGCGUCUCCUCCGCCUGCAACAAAGCACUGUGCGCCAGUGACGUCAGCAAGUGCCUCUUACAGGGCCUUUGCCAGUGUCGCCCGUCAGAGGGAAACUGUUCCUGCUGUAAAGAGUGUAUGCUGUGUCUGAGCACGCUGUGGGAGGAGUGCUGUGAUUGUGUGGGCAUGUGCAACCCCAGAAAUUACAGUGACACCCCGCCCACUUCCAAAAGCACUGUAGAGGAUCUCCAUCGUCCAAUCCCAUCGCUCUUCAGGGCCCUCACGGAGGGCGACACCCCCAUUAACAUGAUGGUGGUCUCCUUCCCCGUGGCUGAGGAGCUUUCUCACCAUGAGAACCUUGUGUCCUUCCUGGAGACGCUGGAUGAACAGCACCAGAACAUCUCGUUGCCUGGCAGCAGCAUCCACAGCAACUAUGAUAAAGAUAAUCUGUGCACAGUGGUCUACUUUGAUGACUGUUUGUCUAUACGGCAGUGUAAGCAGUACUGUGAGUCUAUGGGCGCUUCAAAGUAUCGCUGGUUCCACAACGCCUGCUGUGAAUGCAUUGGGCCGGAGUGUCUGGAUUACGGGAGCAAGUCCGUCAAAUGCAUGAACUGUCUCUUCUAAAAGCACAGACACACAGUCACUGCAUCAUAUUGGCCAACCUACUGAUAGGCUUGUGUAUUCAGUAUUAUAUUGUUGAGUAUAUUAUAUUGUAGCCCUUGAAUGCACGGAUGUUUCUCCUACAGUUCAUACAGUCAUAUGCAAAAGUUUGGACACCCCCAGUCAAAUGGCAUGUUUAGAUGAUUUUCCAAUUGAAAAUGAGUUAACACAUCCUUACAGAGAACACACUUUUCUGCAGAUUUUAGUGC